CGGCGGCAUCACCAUUACCGCUAGGUAUCACGAAAAAAACGUAGCCCCUCCCCCUCGCGAACCACGCCGCCAGCCUUCGCCAUGAGCUGGCUCCUCUACCUGGCCAUAUCGCCCAUAGUCGUCAUCAUGGCCAUGCGCCUGCUGUCGCUGGUGCUGCCCGCGCGGCCUGCGCAGCUCAUCUCCUUCUACGCCUUUGCCAUAAGCUCCUUCAUUCUCAUGGGCGGCUGCGCCCUCUACGGCACCCUUGUGGCGAUUCCGCUCCGCAUGGUGGGAUACGGCGGCCUGAUCCAAUGGACCGUCGCGCGCUCCUUCAAGUGGUGCAUGUGGCUGGGGACGGGCGUGACCUUUAGGGUAACGGGCAGCAUGAAGAAGGAGGCCGGUGUCAGCGGCGAGGAUGCGCUCAACGACCGGCCUGCCGUCUUUGUCGGCAACCACCAGACCGAACUCGACGUGCUCAUGCUGGGCUGCAUGUUUCCCAAGUACACGUCUGUCACGGCCAAAAAGUCGCUCAAGUAUGUACCGCUGCUGGGCUGGUUCAUGGCGCUGUCCAAGACCGUCUUCAUCGACCGCGCAAACCGCACCACGUCGCGCGCUGCCUUCGACACGGCAGCCCAAACCAUGAAGUCGACGCGCCAGUCCGUCUUCAUCUUCCCCGAGGGAACUCGCUCCUACGCCUCGAAACCCGAUCUGCUGCCCUUCAAGAAGGGCGCCUUUCAUCUCGCCGUACAAGCACAGGUCCCCAUUGUGCCCGUCGUCUGCGCAAACUACUUCCACGUUCUCGACGUCAAGGGCAAGCGGUUUUCGCCGGGCAUCAUCGACGUGACGGUGCUGCCGCCGAUACAAACAAAGGGAUUGGGCCCAGAGCAUGUGGACGAACUGGUCAAGAAAGCCCGAGACGCCAUGAUGGAGGAGCUGAUCCGGCUGAGCCACGUCUCCGGCGCAGGCAACGGCGAGCCCCUACCGCGAAGCACCGGAAUCGACGAUCAGGCGCGCAGUGAGCUGAGGAAAAGGACUUAGAGCAGCAGGGCGAACAGAGCCCAGACGAGCGGCAGGAGGACAUGCCGCACACUUGAGUUUCUGGUAUGCACGCCCAGAAUGUUGGGAGUGAAGCAAAGUGGUUUUACAGGGGAAAAAGAAAGCAUUCAACAGCCCCCCAAAAAAAGAAAGAAAGAAAGAAAGCCGAGGCUGAGAAAGUCAUCUGGGCGCGUAUGGCGUUUAAGUUGUGGGUGUUUGGGGGUCAUCUAUGCAUAUUGAUAUCCUAGAAGACAACGCAUUUGCCCAUUGUCCGCAAAUGGGAAGCGAGAGAGUGGUGUUGUACAUAGUCCGAUUUACUUUUUUUUUGAGCGAGCAAAGGGAAUAAAUGGCCGUGGCGCAUUUUUCUACAAC